UGGCUGUGGGUGCAGACUUUCUCACUCAACAGCUUAUAAUCAUAGGCAUUAUGGCCUGCAAAAGUUCAUAAAAUUAUCAAAAAUAAGAAAGAAAGAGAGAGAGAGAGAGAGAGAGAGAGACAUUGCAGCACCUCAUCAGCUUCUCACACAAAAAAUCUAGCAAAUGGCAGCAGCCACUGUGACCACUUCUCUCCCCCAGUUCAAUGGGCUAAAAUCCAAAGUCUCAUACGCAAAUGUACAAAGCCUGGCAGCAGUUCAACCAAUGAGGCGCAAGGGCCAGGGUGCUUUGGGAGCUCGCUGUGAUUUCAUUGGCUCACCCACCAAUUUGAUAAUGGUGACUACUACAACCCUAAUGCUAUUUGCUGGGAGGUUUGGGUUGGCCCCAUCUGCAAACAGGAAGGCAACAGCAGGGUUGAAGCUUGAGACCAGGGACUCUGGGCUGCAGACCGGUGACCCAGCUGGGUUCACUCUUGCUGAUACCUUGGCUUGUGGCACUGUGGGGCACAUUAUUGGGGUUGGGGUUGUUCUUGGCCUUAAGAAUAUUGGUUCCCUGUAAUUAAUUAAAUCAAAUUUCCAAGCAUUUCAAUUUUGUGGUCUUCAA